CGUUUUUACUUUCUUACAAUUUUAUUAAACGCACGUUUGAACGAUUUUGUGAGUGUCGGUAAAAGUGUGCUGGACAGAAAGGGAGGAGCUGCACUAAAUAAGGGAAAUGUUGAAGUUUCCAGAGGUUGAUGUCAGUGUAACUGGAUUCCUCCAGUCUGGAAACAACUGGGAACAAGAUGGCUGAGGGUGGACUGGAAAACUGCUUUUCUCCACUCUCACAAAAUCUGGACUGAAGCCACGCGAAAUUAUUUUAGCAAGUGUAAGUACAUUCAAGUAUAAACGAUUGUUAUUUUCAAAGCGUCACUUUUCCCAGACAAAUACUUUUAUGCGGUUUUCGUUGAUUUCACUCGGAUUUUCUCGCAUAUUUCUAUUGCAUAACAUCGUAAAAGUGUAUUUCGAGUUUUUUAAAAGCUUAAACAAUAACUGUUGACUUGUUAGAAAUCAAAUUCGAGACUUUCUGAAUUUGCGUUUUGAUUUUUGGCAUCACUUUGGCAGCACAUAGCCAGCUUCCCAAUCACCCAGCGUUAAGGAACGACUAAAAUGAAGACGUUUGUUUAUGUUAAGCUAACGUUACUGUAAAUGACACAAUGAGCUCCAGUCGCGUCCGUCCUCAAGCACCACAGGCCCAGGCGGCAUCUGCAGUAGCUGCCCCCGCAUCCUCUCCGCCUUAUGAAGGGAUCGAGAUGGAAAAAAUGCAUCAUGAAGAAGUGGGCCUCGGAGUGCCCGAUGAGACUCCCUCUCCACCCACCUCCAGCUCCAGACAGGCAUGGAGCCGGGACAACCCAGGGUUCGAGCCGGAGGAAGGGAUGAUGGAAGCGGACUGGCCUCCGGCGAGCCCGGGCCGGAGAUCUGUGUCCACGGCGUCCAGCAGCAGCAGCGGGAGCGUCAGCGGACCCGGCAGCUUCUCUGGCAUCAGUGCGCGGAUCAACAGAGGACUGUAUCCAACUCCUCCAGCACAAGAACACAGCAGCUGUGGGAAGAGGAUACUGGAGAAAAUGAGAGUGCUGUGGGAUACGCGUCUUUUGGGUGAGAGCAACAGUAACAGAGAGAUGUACCUAAAAACCGUCCUACGAGAAAUGAUCACCUACAUCCUCUUCCUGGUCACCCUCUGCAUAUUAACCUACGGAAUGGUGAGCACCAACAUGUACUACUACACCAAAGCCAUGUCCCAACUCUUCUUGGAUACACCGCUGACAAGCGGAGAACCGACGACCUUCAAAAGUCUUUCAACCAUGGAGGACUUCUGGAAAUUCACAGAAGGCCCUUUUCUAAACGGCAUGUACUGGGAGUUCUGGUACAACAACAAGAGCCUCCCAGAAAACCAGAGUCUGAUCUACUACGAGAACCUCUUGUUGGGCGUCCCACGUCUCCGGCAACUCAAAGUACGCAAUGAGUCCUGUUCUGUCCACGAGGACCUGCGCGACGAGGUUUACGACUGCUACAGCGUCUAUUCUCCUGCCAGUGAGGACAAGUCACCGUUCGGACUGAAGAACAGCACAGCGUGGAGGUAUACAGAGGAGAGCAGACUGGGUGAGAGCAGCUACUGGGGUCAAGUAUCGACGUAUGGCGGUGGAGGAUACUACCAGGACCUGUCACGUACUCGAGAGAAGUCAGCCAAUCAGCUGCAGGUGUUAAAAAGCAACCUCUGGUUGGACCGUGGCACUAGAGCAGUGUUCCUAGACUUCUCCAUCUACAAUGGCAACGUUAACCUGUUUUGUAUUGUCAGGUUGCUUGUAGAGUUUCCAGCCACAGGAGGCGCUGUGACGUCUUGGCAGUUCCAGACGGUGCGUCUUAUCCGGUACGUGUCCAGCUGGGACUACUUUGUAGGGAUGUGUGAAGUGGCCUUCUGCCUCUUUGUGCUGUAUUACCUGGUGGAAGAAGUUCUGGAGAUCCGACUGCAUCGUUUGCGCUACUUUAAGAGCCUGUGGAACUGCUUGGAUGUUCUCAUUGUUGCACUCAGCGUUCCAGCCAUCAUUAUGAACAUCUGCAGAACGUCAGCGGUCACUCACAGACUCCACUUCCUGCUGGAGAACCAGAGCACAUACCCUAACUUUGAGCCACUUGCUCGCCUUCAGGUUCACUUCAACAACCUGGCUGCUAUCAUUAUAUUCCUCUCAUGGGUGAAGCUUUUUAAGUUUAUUAACUUCAACAAGACCAUGAAUCAGCUGUCCACCACCAUGUCACGCUGUGCUAAGGACCUGAUGGGCUUCGCUAUCAUGUUUUUCAUUGUGUUCCUGGCCUACGCUCAGCUGGCAUAUUUAGUGUUUGGAACUCAAGUUGACGACUUCAGCACCUUUCAGGCCUGCAUUUUCACGCAGUUCCGGAUCAUUCUGGGAGACUUUGACUUCUCAGAAAUCGAGGAGGCUGACAGCGUGUUGGGGCCGAUUUACUUCACCACCUUUGUGUUCUUCAUCUUCAUGAUUCUACUGAAUAUGUUCCUGGCCAUCAUCAAUGACACUUACUCUGAGGUGAAAGCUGACAUGGCCCAGCAGAGGUCGGAGAUGGAGAUCACAGACCUUAUCAAGAAGGGCUAUAACAGGGCGAUGGUCAAACUCAAGCUGAAGAAGACCUCCAUCAAUGACAUCCCUGACAGUCUUCACCAGGCUGGAGGCAAACUCAGCUUUGAUGAGCUCCGGCAAGACCUCAGAGGAAAGGGCCAUUCGGACGCUGAGAUUGAAGCCAUUUUUGCUAAGUAUGACCUUGACGGAGAUCAGGAACUGACCGAACAUGAGCACCAGCAAAUGAGAGAUGACCUGGAGAAAGAGAGAGACUUGGAUCUGGAGCACAGUUCGCUGCCCAGGCCAGUGAGUGGGCGGAGCUUUUCGCGUAGCCAGGAUGACUCAGAGGAGGACGAUGAUGAGGACAGUGGACACAGCUCUCGUCGCCGUGGCAGCAGCUCAGGGGGCGUGUCAUACGAGGAGUUCCAAGUGCUCGUGCGUCGAGUGGACCGCAUGGAGCACUCCAUCGGCAGCAUCGUGUCAAAGAUUGACGCGGUUAUCGUGAAGUUAGAGGUCAUGGAGAGAGCCAAGAUGAAGAGGAGAGAUGUGCUCGGACGGAUCCUGGAUGGAGUCAUGGAGGACGAGAGGAUGGGCCGGGAUCCGGAGUUGCACCGAGAACAAAUGGACAGACUGGUUAGAGAAGAGCUGGAGCGCUGGGAGUCUGAUGACACCAUGUCACAGGUGAGCCACCAUCAGGCCACUCCCAUCAUCCCAUCUGCUCAGCUCCGCCCACGCAGUUCCCGCUCACCCUCCUCGCUGUCCAAUGAAGGACCGGACGGUGCGGCCAAUGGGGCCGCCCACGUGUGAAGGGUUGUGAUUAUGAAAACAUUCCUACAGAUCAAUUUGUUCUCCAGUGCCAUGUCUAGUGCAGUGCACUGGGCAAAAUUAAUUAAACAGUAUUAAAGAACCGCCCCAAAACCACAGCAGUAGAGUUAAAUAGUCAUGCAAAAAGCUAUUUAUUUGGGUUUCUUUAUAUUAAAGUUAAUUGGGGUUUUAUAAUGCAAAAAUUAAGAUAAGUGUUUUUUUUAUGCAACGAGGAAGUUCAAUAUUACUUAAUGAAGAUACAUUUUUGUGGAUAUGCUAAUAAAGCGAAUUAGAUUUUAAGGUCAGUGGCAGCUUAGCUUUGGUUUGCUUGUUUUAACAUGUAUUAACCAUGGACAACUAAAUGCAUUUUGAAAUUGAGGUACAUUUUGCUUUCCCAGCAAUCUUAGCUAUGGUCGUUUCUAAUCAGUAUAGUAUUUCUUUAUCAAGCUACACUUAAUUUACAGCAUGCAUUGAUCCCAGAAAGUUUUCUUAAACUACUUUCAUUACAUUACUAGCAAUGUCUAAGACAAAAAAAAAACACUGACAGCAGGUGUUUAGUAGUCAUUUUAAAAAUGACUCAGAAUAGUAUAUCAUAAGUAUAUUUUGUAUCACGUUUUUUGUACUGUAUCCUGCUACGAUUGAAUGCACUGCUUACAGUUUUGUCAAAAUGCAGCAUAUAUUUGAUAUGAUUUACGCUUUCACUAACAUACAGUAUUAAAGUCCGCUUUCAUCAGUAAUGAAGAAACCAGAUCAAAAGCUUACAGUAAUGAAGGACAUUAAGUUCAACAAGGAUCAGUAUUUUAAAAUAUAUGAGAUGGUAUAGAAGGAAUGUAUGAAAAUAGCUAUUCAUACACAAAAGUAUACCUUAUAAAGCAUAUCUGAUAUGAAAAGCAAACAUUCACAAUUUUCAAACGAUGAAGGUGAUCACACAUUGUUUUAUAUAGAAACUGUAUUUGGUAAUGACCUUUGGUGCAAUUUUCACUCAGUUUUUGGUUUGCUUUGCAUAUAUUGCAGUUCAAAUCUAGUGUGGCAUGUUUUGGUAAACAUAUAUACUUAAAUGUAUUUUUAAUACUUAAGAUUUUUAAAUCAUUUUGAUACUUUUUGCAUUUUUAAACAAACUUCGAUUUGGAGUGCAUCUGAUUUCAUGGGAAACCCAUGUGUAUUUGUCUUAAGGUAGGAUUUAAAGCUUUUAAUGGUUUCCUAAAUGUAAAAAAUGUAUAGUUUCUGCACAACUAGCGUCACCAAACUGCUAAAAUAAUAGUUUUCAAAGAGGUUGUAUAAAUAUGCAGUCAAACAGGUAGUCGUUUGUGCCAAACGUGCCAGAUGUGUUAUGUUGGGUCGCUCAAACAAAUCAGUGUUUGGUUCCGCUACAGAAGCAGAAAUUGCACACUUCUUCCAAAAGCCUAAUAAAAAUGUCAAAAAAAAAUUGUGCAAUCACCUCUGUAACACUCUAUGGUACUCUGUAGUUGGCAGAUUGUUAUUUACAGUUUAAUAUGACAGUCUUUCAAAAUAAAAUCCAUUCAAACUCA